CCUGAUGCAGCUGUACAAUGAAGUUCAGUUAACGAUGUAAACAAAAGUAGUUAGACGCAGUUUAACUUGUUAAUUUUGGGGUCUAGCGUUUACUAACUAUGUUAGAAACUUUAAUAACCUGCCCUUGGAACUUAACCUGAGUAAUAAUACAGAGUUAGCUAAGGUAACGUUAGUUAUUUAGUUUCAACUCACGCAGUUUAACUGGCGUCGCUGCAGCUCGUUGUGGUCAUGGUUAGCUAGCAACGUUAAUGCGGUCACAGAUAGCUAGGUUAGUCUACGUAGGUGUUUGCUAAGUUGAGGCAAGUUAAACGUGUCCACGGAGACAGUACACUGUGAGGUAGUUAAUACAAAAGACUUUAUUAAGACUUCCGACAAGAUGGAGGCUUCUUUGGGAUCUCUGCAGAAUCACGAUCUAAGCUCUGUCCUGUCAUCGUGUGAGCCGGAGCUCCAGGAGCUGAUGCGGCAGAUUGACAUCAUGAUCAAUCAUCAGAAGAGGGGGUGGGAGGCUGAGAUCCAGGCCAUGGAGCUCAGGCUGAAAAGAGGAGAAGAGGAGCUGCUGUCCUCCAGGAAUCUCAUUGAACGGAGGGACCUGGAGAUCAGUUUGCUCCAUAAGCAGCUAGAAGACGCCCAGACUGAUCGACAAGCGUUAGCUGCCAAGUACGAACAACAACUGCAGAAAGUCCGUGAAGAGCUAGAUAAAUUAAAGAGAAGUUACCACAAGCUUCAGCGCAAACAGCUCAAGGAGAACAGUGGAGGAACAAAAGAGACAGACCUUUCAGAAGUAACCCAACUGCAUGAAAAAAUCCAGGAAUAUCGUCAGCGCUCUGCAGAGUGGGAGCAGCAACAGAUCCUGAACCAGAAACAGCUGUCAGCACUGGAGACUCAGAAUAAGAGCCUGACCGAUGAGCUCAUACACGUGAAUUCCCAGAGGAAGCACAGGGCGUGCUGUUCAGAGGUACAAAAUCUGCGUAGUCAGCUGGAGAAGACUCAGGACAAUCUGCACUCACAGGAGCUUGAGCUGGAGCGACUCCGACCACUUGAGAUGUGGAUGGCACAGUACCAGAGAGAGCAGCAGGUGUUUUCAGAGGAACGGGAGGAACUUCACGCCACGCUGGACUCUCAGGAUACGUUCAUGCAAAGAGCCAGUUUGGAACGACAGAGGCUUCGUAAUGAAACUGCAAGACUAAACCAAGUGCUGCAAGCUAAAGAUCAAGUCAUCCGCUCUCUGGAGGACUGUGUAACAGCCCAGGGCUCUGCCGGUGUGGAAACCCUCAGACUAGAUCUGGAGAGGACUGCAGCCAAACUUCACUGUGUCCAAACCUGUGAGGUUCAUCUCAAGGCUGAAGUGGCAUGUCUCAGAGAGAGACUGGAUGAGGCGAGCAGACAGAGAGCUGACCUCUCAAAGACAGAACAAGAUCUGAGAAGUGUAAAAGCAGAACAUGACUCCUCGAUCGCUGAAAUGAAAAAGCUCAGAGAAGAGCUUCAGAUGGCCAGGCAGACUCACAGUGGUGAGGUGGAGGGAAUGAGGAAGGAGGUGUCAAAGCUGACCAGUGAGCUGCACCAGCGUGACCUCACCAUCGCCUCACUGAGUGACUCUUUGUCCAGCACCAGGCAGCAGCUUGGUGGUGAAGUGGAGCGAGCAGAGCAGAAGGCAGCUGAGCUUAAAAUGACUCAGGCACAGCUGGAGACUCUACAAACUGAGAACCAGCAUGUGAAGGGUCUGCUGCAUAGACUGGAGUCUCAGUCACCCAAGAGGGGGGACUCCUCGCUCGCCUCCCUGAGGGACAGUUAUACGUCCUCCCUGAGCAGCCUGGAGCAAGAGAAUCGACAGCUAAGGCAGGCGCUCAGUGAGCUGCGUGCACCAGUUGGGGUGUCAGUACAGGAUAAAUAUAAAGGAGCCCUGCUCCGCCACGCCAUAACUGACCAAGCACAGCCCGCUCAGGACAAGAUGGAAGACACCAGACAUCACAGAUACCGAGAGGAGACACAGGCCUCAAAAGCGAAGCUGCAGGAGAACACCACUUGCUACGAGGGAGAGAUCCACAGGCUCUUUAAGCAGCUACAGACCCUGUCCCAGUCCCCCACAGACCAGCCCUACAAGCAGGCCCAGGACAUCAGGCCUCCUUCAUCAGCAUCCUCCUCCUCUUCCUCCUCCAGUGGCAAAAUACUCACCAGGAGAAACUCAGUGCCAACGUUACGUUCAGAGGACUCUGCUGCUGAGGGACAGAGCUCCAGCUCCGAAGACUCUCUGGAUCUUGUGUCCAGAGAAAAAAACCUUCCCUCUACCUCUCCACCGGAGCCUUUAUCAGUGGCACCUGCAGACCACAUGGUUUCUCGCUUCCUGGAGGAGGAAAUGCUGCGGAGCGAGGAGCUGUUCCUGAGACUGGACACCCACAUCAAUGGUAUGAGAGAGAGCAACAUCAGGACAGUCUCCAAGUACCUGCCCAGCGGUUCGGAGUCCGCACACACGUCUGUACAGAAUGUGAAAUGCGAUAAACCACCUGCAAACACUGGGUAUGACAGACAGACAGACAGCAUCUGUGCUCAAACACCGUUUGACUGUGGACGCUCUGCUGCAGCAUAUUUAAUAAUAAAAUGAUAAUAUAUAGAGUACCUAAUUAUUAAUUAUGUUUUAAGGAGCUUGAGGUCUUUGUUUCCCUGUAAACAAU